AUGUCGUCUGUAACUACAGCCGCCGCCGCCCCUCGCACCGGCUCAGAGACGCCGUCGUCUGUGGCCAGAGAGAAUAGUCCCCACGCUACAACAGCUUCAGUAACAUCUACAUCUACAAACCAGCACAUUCAGCUGCGCGCGACCAUCAACGACGUCGAUCAUCCACCAGACAAGACGCUGUGGCUCGGCGACCUCGAGCCAUGGAUGGACGAUCACUACAUGCUCCAAGUCUGCUCCCUCUUUGGCUGGGAAACGUCUGCAAUCUACAUGCCCCGCCCGCCCGCAGCGCCCAAUGCCACACGACAUCCCAACAAUGCUGGCUACUGUCUCUUAAUCUUCCCCACUCACGAAAAGGCUGCAACUGUCGUGGAGCAGUAUGGACUAGACGCAAUGAACAACAGCACCGCCCAGCCCAUCCUCCUCCCAAACUCGAAUCGCCCCAUCAAGCUCGACUGGCUUAGCUCGACAAACGCCAAAGUCUCGAUUGGAAAGGAUCCGGGUCCGAUUGACAAUGCGAUCGAGUACAGCAUCUUUGUCGGAGACAUUGCCGCAGACGUGACAAACGCAGACUUGAUGAACGUCUUUCGAAACCCCAAUCUCGGCCUACGGGGCGACUUCCCGCCACGCCUCAUCGCUCCCUUUCUCAGUUGCUGCAACGCCAAAGUCAUGGUCGAUUCUGUCACCGGCAUUUCCAAGGGCUAUGGCUUUGUCCGCUUUACCAGCGAGGCUGACCAGAAACGCGCACUGUUGGAGAUGCAGGGCCUCUAUUGCAAAUCUCGACCCAUGAGACUGUCCACGGCCACCGCCAAAAACAAGGCGGGCGGUGCAGAUGAAGAACAUCAAGAGCCCAUGUCUGUCGUCGUCCGCGUCACCCCUGCAACGUCUGGCGGACCCCUCUCACCUAAAAGUAUUGACCCGAGCAAAAUACGAAGUAUCACGAGCGCUGUGGCCGAGGGAGCCGCGUCUCGUCCCAGUCAACGUGGCGAGUUCCAUCCCAUGAUGCUUGCAAAAAUAUCUCAACUUGCAAAUACCAUGGGUCAACAUCCGGGGUAUCGCGGAGGCGUUGCCUCGGUCCUCCCCCCGCCGGGUCUCAGCAAUUCGCAGAUCCAGCAAUGGUUACAUGACAACCCGCAAGCUCGAGCGCAACUGGAGACGCUUUUGGGGAAUGGAAACGAUCCUCUCGUCCCGUCGGAUCCUCAGAACACGACAGUCUUUGUUGGUGGUCUCUCGCCGCUCAUUUCGGAGGAGACGCUCCGAACAUUCUUUGCGCCAUUUGGAGCGAUCCAUUACGUGAAGGUCCCUCCCGGCAAGUCAUGUGGCUUUGUCCAAUUCGUCAAAAAGAGCGACGCCGAACGCGCCAUAGAGGCUCUUAGUGGCUUCUCGAUUGCAGGAAGCAAGGUUCGCCUGAGCUGGGGACGCAUUCCAGCCGCUCAAGGUGCGGCGCAAGCGGCUGCCGCUGCGGCCGCUGCAGCUGCGUCUGGUGCACCUCAGGGCCACCCAACUCGACCCGCCGUCAGCUCGCCAAGUGCCGGAAACGAUGGACCGCUGUCGAGCGAACAAGCACUUCAGAUUGUUGAACGACUUGUCCCUUCGCUUUCGACGCCAAACACUGCGGGCGUCGGCGGGAUGGGACCGCCAUCUGCUGGUCUACUCAGAGGGUUACCCCAAGGUCAAAUCGCGCAACGUGGUCCUAUGGGAGGUGCAUACCGUGAUCAUUUUGGGUACCCUAGUCCAAGCAUCAAUCAAUCCCCCGGCUUUAUGCACGGCGGUGGCAUGCCCUCAUCUCCUUAUCACCCCCACGGACGACUCGAUUAUGGUCGCAACGAAUAUUACUACGACGUGCCUGGUAACGGGUACGGAUCGCCAAUGCCGUAUGGAGGAGUGAACGUGGGCGGGAUGAGCGCCAUGUCACCUGCGAUGAACCACCUGCCCAUGGGAGCGUAUCCGACUGGAGGUCCCAACGCGUCUGUCCUGGAAGAUCAACUAUUUGGCACGUACGGUGGUGCGUCGCAUCGCUUGCCCAACUCUGCCGUUCGGCCCAGUGGCGCGAGUGUCUACGCGGGUAACGCCAAUGGAUAUGGACCGAUUGGUGGAGGUGCUGGGUAUAUGGCUGGUGGCUAUGGCGGAGAGUAUGAUCAAGAUCUGGGUGGUUAUCGUUCUCCUGCCGCCGCCGCAUCGUUUGCCAAUCCGACGGGAAAUAGUGGAUAUGGCGGCUUUAGCAGUCCUGGCGUGUUUGGAAAGGGACCUGAUAUAAACGAUCGGUUCAUUGGCACAAGAGUGCCGUACAACCACAUGACCGGUGGGAUCAAUGGAUUCGGUGCCGCUCAUGGUCUUCAUACUGCGACCGGACCUGCAGGAGGUGGAUCCUACGACUAUAUUGAGGAGCCCAGUCCACAAUUUCAACCGACGGACAUUUUGAGGCACGACUCGAGCGGUCUCGAUUCGUAUCUCUCCAAGAGCCAGUCAUCGAACAAGAGCUCGUCGCCGAAUAGCAACAGCAACGUUGGCUCGGCACCCGUCAUUGGUUCUGGAAGUUCGAGCGCUCGCAGUACCGGUGCGGCGAAUGGCGUGGGACCAGUUGCUCCUCCGCCCAAGGCAAACGGACACGUCAACGCCCAUGGUGUUCCUGGUUCGAGAACGUCUACCACGACAGCGGGCACCAUCAACCCGAGUAUGGACGGCAUGCACGAGCUUGCGGGCAUGUUUAGUGGGCUUGGGACGGGUGGACCUGGUGGAGGCAUGAAUGCGCGGGCGCCCAUUUCGCCUGGACCUGCGUCGGGAAUGAGCGGCGGCUCGUUUGCGGCGCAACUUCGUGGAGAACCUGGAAGAUACUAA